UACCCAAAGCCUUCUUCUCCGAUGCUUGCUCAACGGCAUCGAGGGAAAUACCUUGAUUCAUUGCUUCAAGCAUCCUUCCACGGAUAACAAGGUUCGCAUUGUUAUCAUCCCAAGCAAUCAUUUUUGAACAUCUCAAUAUGUCUUCAACCAUCGUUCUUAUCACCGGCGCCAACCAAGGGUUGGGAUUUGAAUGCGUCAAGAAAUUGGCUGCAGAACAACUCGACUACCACAUCCUCCUGUGCUCCAGGAACAUCGAAAGAGGCAGGGAGGCCGCUAAGAAGGUCGUUAAUCUGGCCCGUGGUACAACAGUCGAACCACUAGAACUUGACGUUACCAACGAUGAAUCAAUUGCUAAAGCCGCCGAAUAUGUCAAGGACAAGUUCGGUCGUCUUGACGUCCUUUUCAACAACGCCGGCAUCAGUAAAUACCCAGGUGCCGGUCUCCGCGAAGCCAUGAACAAGGUGAUCGAGACCAAUGCAGUCAGCGCUGCCUGUGUCACGGAAGCCUUCAUCCCGCUUCUCAAAAAAGCAACCACUCCGCGACUUCUCUUCAUGUCUUCCGGUCUUGGCUCCAUCGACAUGACAUUGGACCCCAAGAGUCCUUUCUAUGGUUACAUUGUGAAGCCCUACAACACUUCGAAAGCCUCCAUGAACAUGAUCGGUGCUAUGUAUGCUGUUGAGCUUGGCAAGGAUGGCAUCAAAGUCAACAUGAUCGACCCGGGCUUUAGGGCAACCAACCUGAAUGGUUAUCACGAAGCGGCAGGCAAGGCUGAAGAUGGAGCCCUCCAGGCUUGUAGGAUGAUUGUCAACACCGAUAAGGAUGGUCCUCAUGGCACUUUCACGUCGAACGAAGGCACAGUGCCGUGGUGAUACUCAUGAUUAUGCCCCAGUACAUAGCAUGAAGUGGGCAGCUUGGAUUUGACAACUUACUAGAUCGCUCUUGAUCACAAUUGCUGGUGUCUGCUCACCACAGGCUUCGGCAUGUGAUUGACAACGGUGGUAUCAGAGCAGUGCGGACCUCAAGUGUCAGUCGCAGAAUGCCGAGCCUUGGACCCUGAGUCUCGGCGCAAAGGCUCGGCGUUCAGCCUAAUCCAAU